CCGCCCGGCUGAGAGAAGGUUGGCGUGUCACCUCCCACGAAAUCAUCGCGUUCAAGUGCUGAGGACAAUGCUAAGAGUCGGGAGGCUGAUCAAGGACUCGCCAGUACGAUGGGAGGUCGCAUAUAAGACGUUCCUAGGCGCGUGUCAGACGACACGUCCCCGUGCCUACGAGGAAUUCUUGGAGGACAACAUCCCAAUACCGACUCCGCGCCAAGAGGGGGCCGCCGUCCGUGUACUCAGUAUUGGGAGUGGAUCAGGAGAGGUUGACAGCGCUAUCUUGAGGAAAAUCCUGCAAAGGCAAAGCAGCGUGUACAACAGAGUCGUGGAACCGUCGGGAGAAAUGCUGAAGGAUUUUAAGGCAAUGGUACAACAUGACACGAGCCUCGGUGCAGUGAAGUUUGACUGGCGCCAACAGACAGAGGAAGAGUACUUCUCUGACAACGAUGGCAAGAAGUUCGACCUUGCCCACGCCGUGCACGUUCUGUACUUUGUGGAGGACCACCACGCCACCUUGCGGAACAUGUGGGAACAACUGGCCGAGGGAGGCCACUUGUUUGCCUUUCUUCUUACGGGUAUGUUUUCUGAGCACAAAACACCUAACGUAUGUAUAUUUCCAGACAAAAGAGGCAUGGGGAAACUCUACCAUGAAACAUGGAACUGGUUUCCACAUGGAAACGAUCGUCUGAGGACGUCACUUCGCUCUUCUGGUGACGUCAGCCGUUCGCUACAAUCCCUGGGCAUCAAUUGCGUCAUCAAAGAGCAGGAGCAGUACGUCAACGUGGCGGAGUGCUUCAAGGAGCAUUCGGAGGCGGGAAGACUGAUUCUCGACUUCUUGACGCAAACGUCGAAUGUCUCCGCACACCCCGAGAUGAGGUCGAAAGUCCUGGAGUUUUUUCUGCGUAAUUCGUCGUCCGUGGAUGAUAAGAUCCUUUUCAGUACGGCUAACGCAGCUAUCAUCGCCCGUAAAAGUACACAGAAGUAAACAAGUCUGUCCACGUGUAAGAAAAAAUCUUUUGGCCUUUGGUAUUCUAGUGUGGCAUUGAAUUUUGCAUUGAAGACCUUGAUUAGUUUAUUCUCUAGUAGUUGUUAAGACUUUUACGUUAUUCUGUUA